AUGGCCCAGCGACUUGCUGAAAUUCACGUUGAAAUACAAAAUGUAGAAAAUGCUAUUCAUGAUACUCGAAGAAUGUUAAAUUUUAUCUGGAGGCAUCUUCGCUCCGCGAACCCGGCUGCUUUUGAAGCCCGAAUGGAAGCAAGCCGUCAAAGAAUUCGGGAACUAGAAGAAAGACUCCAGGGACUACGCCAGGAGCAGCAAGCACUCAUUGUGCAGGCUGUCACCCUCGAUAUUUCUCCUUCAUCCUUGGUUCACCUCAAUGUGGGAGGAAAGAAGUUAUGCACCACCGUCGGUACCACUCAGCGUCAACCCGACUCCAUGCUUGCUGCAAUGUUCAGCAGUCGACACAUUUUGCGCAAAGAUAAGAAGGGAUACGUUUUCAUCGAUCGGGAUGGCGAACAUUUCCGGCACAUUCUUAAUUGGUUAAGAGACGGCGAGACUCCUAAAUUAGAAGAUUCUCAAUAUGCAGAACUUGUUUAGGAGGAAAAAUACUAUCUACUACUUGAUUUAGUUGAUGGAAUACUUGAUGUCCUUGAUAGUAAGGAAGAUACUGCGUCGGAUGCAGAUUUGACACGCACCGACGUUAUCAAGUACAUACAUUCACAGAAGUCGUGUAGAUGCUCGUCUAAUAAGAAUUAUUUUCAAGGGGUUAUUCUUUCUGGCCAUAAUCUUUCAAAAUUGGACCUGUCAGAAGUUAACUUCAGCUCUGCAUGUUUGAGAAAUAUGAGUUUUUCAGGUGCAAAUCUUCAAUCUGCUAAUUUCAAGCAUGUGGAUGCCGAAGGUGCUACUUUUGACGAUGCCAAUUUGUGUGGUUCUACUUUUUAUGGAGCAAAUCUACGAGGAGCGUCUUUUGUGGGUGCAAAAAGCUUCGAUCUCUACGAUCUCUCUGGGGCAUCUGGUGUCGAAUAUUGUAGGCUCUGAACGUUAUCCUCGACAGUGUUGAUCAUGUUAGAAAUGGUUUUGGGAAUCUCUUUACAUUACAUACAAAUGCGACCGAUGGAUUAUGCAAGGGCGUAAGCCAACUUCAUCUUUCAGGUUCUACAAGAUUUGAUUUCUCAAUAGCUCUCGAGUCAUUUAGUGGUUAAUGUAUGACUUAUGUCCUGUACUUGUGACCAACCACAUUGGUCUCUAUUUUGCAAGUUCGUUAUUACACAUAGUUCUUUGCCAGGGCUAUCUUUGAUAUUUCGAGGGCCUGUGCUAAUGUAUGAUCUAUUUAUGUCCUAUAUUUGUGACCGACCACAUUGUUGUACCUUCAAUGCAUUGGUCUCUAUAUUGCAAGUUUGUUA